AUGGCAUUGGGAGAUCUCAUGGCGUCCAGGCUCGUCCACUCCUCGUCCUCGCCGUCGCCGUCGCCGUCGCCGUCGCGGUCGCGGUCGACGGCCGCGGCACCGGCGCCGCCGCUGCCCAAUCACCAUCACCACCACCAGAACCACAACCAUGCUGGGGAUGGCCUCCUGGCCGCCAACGGGCCGGAGCCCAGGAACGGGCUGGAGGCUGCGGCCGAGGUGGAGAAGCCGGCGCCCGUGGCGUACCUGCCGCAGGUGGUCGUGCUGUGCGAGCAGCGCCACGAGCCCGACGGAAUCGACGAGGCUGCGGCGGCCGCCACAGCGCCCUCCACCAGCGGCCUCGUCUCCAGGUGGCGCCCCAAGGACCGGGUAAUGGAUGCGAUGCAGUUUGCAGAUGCCGUUUCUACUGCUUCUGUUGUUAUACUCGGCAAUUCGCUGGAUUUGGUAACGCCUGGGCUUGGGGAUCCUUAG